AAAGAAGUUACCGACGGUAAUUAUUCUCCCUUGCUAUUAGCUGAUUCUGCUGGAUCAACAACCUAUGGGUCGUUUGACAAUCAUAGUGUGUAUAUGCAUAAUCUCACUCGCACAUAUUGCAAAUGGCAAGAGCAAUGAGGCGUACACGCACCAACAACAGCUGUUUCGUUCAAUCAUGUUAUUCCGUGAAGUAGCCCCUAUGUGGAAACGGUGUUCACAGACGGUAUGCAGUCGAGACAGGAAUAUGACAAGGUGUACCUCUUUGCGGCCAGCGUUGGUUGUCAGUGUGCACUCGAAUACGUUAACAAAAAUGGUGAAAUUAAAGGGUUUUUUUAUGACCUCGUUAUGGCAGUUUGCGAGGAGGCUGGUAAGAAUUGCGAGCUCGUGUACGAUUCACUGUCGCGAUGUUAUACUCACAUUAGAGGGGACCAUCCCAGGACUGGGGAAGCGUCGUUUUCUGUAUUCAUUCGACAAUACAAAAUAA